ACAGAUGCCCGCACCUGCACGCCUGCGUCCCCUCGCCAAGCUCCCCAAAGCCGCAGCAGCCUGCGCAGAAGCUGGCGCAGCGUACGGCAAGUGCAUCGGCGCGAGGUAUCAAGAGGUCGAGCGCGACAUGUGCCAGCGCGAGUUUGCCGCGUUCCGCCAGUGUGUCGCCGAGCAGAUGAAGGCGCGAAAGUAGCGCUCGAGUGCGACCUCACCGUCGUCAUAUCACGGCCCCACCGUCCACCGCGCGUCUCGACGAGGUGCCGGCCCAGGGCGAGACGAGCAAAGCGAUUUGCGCCCCUUCAGCUUCCCUCUCUCUCGUCCGGCCGGCCGGCCAGGGCCCAGGGUGCAGGGUGCAGCUGUGUGCGGAGGAGCGGUCGAGCGGGCGGAGCGGGCGCGCGAGGACAACAAGGGUCGGCCGGGUUUGGUGCUGGGUCGUCGUCUCGAGAAGCCGGGUCCGACCGCCGCUCGCGCUCGCCUCGUGGCUCCAGACGUGCUCGCGCGAGCACCCCUCGUGUUUGUACUCUAUCACCUUCUUGGAACCCGGCCUUGUUCUGCGUG